CAUGACGUUAAGCUCCGCCCUACAAUUGUCAGCAUCCUCUGGGAUAUCACCUUCAUAAAGAAUUGGGACAGUGCCACUGUUAAAGAAUCAGUCACGUCUCAUCUCGUCUGUAGGAGAAAGCCCUUCUGGUCUGAGUCCUUCGGUCUGCUCUGACUUGGUUGUGUCAGACGUUUAGGAUGACCCAUCAGUUUCCUCCCCUCACCACUGAGCAAAAGAAGGAGCUACAUGAGAUAGCUUUGCGUAUAGUGUCACCAGGGAAAGGCAUCCUAGCUGCAGAUGAGUCCAUAGGCAGCAUGGGAAAACGUUUGAACCAGAUUGGGGUGGAGAACAAUGAGGAGAACCGCCGUCUCUACCGUCAGGUGCUCUUCACCGCUGAUGACCGCAUUGAUAACUGCAUUGGUGGAGUGAUCUUCUUCCACGAAACACUCUACCAGAACUCUGAUGAUGGCGUCCCGUUCGUCAAGAUGAUAAAGGACAAAGGCAUCACUAUCGGGAUCAAGGUUGACAAAGGUGUAGUCCCCUUGCCAGGGACUAAUGGAGAGACCACUACACAAGGUCUGGAUGGGCUCUCAGAACGCUGCGCUCAGUAUAAAAAGGAUGGAGCUGACUUUGCAAAGUGGCGCUGUGUAAUGAAAAUCAGCGAUACCACCCCGUCAAACCUGUGCAUUACAGAAAAUGCGAAAGUCCUUGCUCGCUAUGCUAGUAUUUGUCAGCAGCAUGGGAUUGUACCCAUAGUGGAACCUGAGAUCCUUCCUGAUGGAGACCAUGAUUUGAAGCGCUGUCAGUUCGUCACUGAGAGGGUGCUUGCAGCGGUCUACAAAGCCAUGUUUGAUCAUCAUGUGUAUCUGGAAGGCACACUACUCAAGCCCAACAUGGUGACCCCUGGACACAGCUGCCCAACCAAAUACAGUGCAGAUGAGGUUGCCAUGGCAACGGUCACUGCUCUGCGGCGUACUGUCCCACCUGCUGUCACGGGGGUGACCUUUCUCUCAGGAGGUCAAAGUGAGGAAGAGGCCUCCAUUAACCUAAAUGCCAUCAAUAACUGCCCACUGGUGAAGCCCUGGGCUCUUACCUUCUCUUUCGGCCGAGCUCUGCAGGCCUCAGCUCUGAAGACCUGGCGUGGACAGAGAGAAAAUGAGACCGCCGCAACUGAGGAAUUCAUCAAACGAGCAGAGAUCAACAGUCUGGCAUGCCAAGGGAAGUACACAGUUUGUGGUGACAGCAGCGGAGCCACUGGUCUAUCCCAUUACCUUUCCAGCUAUGCAUAUUGAAAUGCUGUUGAUUCCCAUAUUCCAACAUUAGCUGAAAGUUAGCUAACAUUAGCUAAAAUUUCACUGCCACUUCCAUAUAAAACUCUCAAACAUAUAUAGAUUAAUUAUUAUGAUCUCAUAAAUGUGAUGAUAUAAAACAGCACUUGAAAGUGAUUGCUAAGUGAGUUUCUGAGGAUGUGAAAAUUUGUGUUCUCUGCUUGUCUUAAAAACAUUGUAAAAUUAGCUUCUGUUGCAGUUCUUUAGGAAAAUAAUGCAACUGAUUAAACUGACAAGUUUAUUAAUAAAGUUACAGUUGACUUGACUGCAUAUUAUUAGUUGACUGUAAAAAUGUAUGAGUUUCUUAGGAUAGUUAUAAGGAUCUGUGCUAUACGCUUCAGUAAUCUAACAUUUCAUCAUCUAAAGCUUUAAUAAAGCCUUUACUCUGAUGAAGAAUAACAGCAUGGAUUACAAGUUUAUGAGUCACAGUAUCUGUUAUGGUAAUUCAGGAUGUUUGGUUUGAAUGCAUUAUUGACAAGAGUUAAACUAAAUUAUUGACAACCGGAAUAUGAAAAUGCUGCAAUAAAGUUGUGAAGAUAGAA